AUGAUCACCCAGACAGCUCGCUCGGCGGGGCGCCUACGCCGGCAUUUGCCCGUCCGAGCGAGCGUCAGCCACCCGACGGACUCGACUGACAUGCGGUCUUCCGCGGCUUCGCACACUGCCGGGCGCCGGCGCAUACUGCCGACCAAGACCAGCCGACCGGCCGAGGCGCCAGACGCCCCGGCGCCGUCGCCCCCGGUGGCCGACGGAUUUCAGCCGAUCGUGCUCCUGCCCCGUGAAAUGGAUGAUCUCCUGUCUCUGGCCCGGCAUAGGGAGCCCAUCCUGCCCCUGUGGUUUAUUUCCCUCUACUCAAACAUCCCAUUGGACAUUGUGUCACGCGCGGUGGCCAGUGCGGUUCCCUGGCGCCAGCGUGAGGCCCUGUCGACAUUGCACAUUGUCGAGAGCCACAUUCCCGAUGCUAAGCCCCGGGAAACCACCCGGGCGCGGCGUCCGGUGCCGCACUUUCCGGCGAUCGCGACGGCCGGCGUCGAGCGCUCGGAGGCCAGUCCAUACGCCACGCUGGAGGCAUUCCUGCAGUCGGCGGCCCCCCCGGGCCAAUAUCCGACUCUGUCUCAGGGGCAAUGGGGUUCGGAGCUCAUGCGGCCGACUGUCCGGGUCCUGGCCCAGCAGAAGCUCCUCCCCUUAACAUGCUCCGAUAUCACUCGGCUGACCGGGGCCUCCUCUUCGCUGGUCCAGAAAAUCUCCCAAUCGCUCAAGAAGCAUGGGGACCCUGGGAAUGUCGCCGAGAAGGCCGCCGCUGCCCCCACCAGCAGCGGCAGCGGCAGCAGCAGCCGCAGCAGCAAGCCCUUCUCGCUUGAAACUAAGACUUCCACGAUCCGCAAAAAAAUGGCCACCCUACUCGAGCUGCUGGCCCGAGGCACGCCGCCAGCCAAUGCCCCGGCUCCGGCUAUUCCCGGCACCCCGAAUGUCUAUUCGGCGGGCCAGCUGUGUGACCUGCUCCGGGUGUCCGCCCGCUCACUUGAAUCCAACCUCCUGCGCAUUGCCCCCUUUUACCCGCUGGAGCCGGCGAGCAAGACAUGGCCCCGAUGGCAGGCCUUUGUGGCGGACAUGCUUCGGCGACGGCCGCGGAAUCUCGCCUACCCGGAGUCGGCCUCGAGCACGGCCUCGAGCUCGGUCUCGGACCCAGCCGAUGAUGCCAGCCCUGACGGGCCACUGGCUCGGUGGCGUGUCCCGCCGCCGGGCCUGGCGCCGGCCGUCGAGGGGGAUCCGGCCGCUCGAUCCCCCGAAGACAUGACCCUGAAUGAGUUGGCCACAUAUGCUGGCAUCAGCGUGACCGCUGUGCGGAGCAUCCUCCAGCAGUGGGCCCCCUGGCAUCGGGCUCUGCUGGAGGAUGUCAUCCGCCGGGAUUCGAGAAUCCGCCGGACUCGCUCGGUGGCCGAGGUCCUCUUCUCGGUGGACGCGGUGGGCGAGGGGGAGGACGGCGGGGGGACUUCCCUCUUCGCUGGGACUGGAUUUCAAGGUGGCUCGGGGCUCGGGGGCGGCGAGCGCCUGUCCUCCGGGACGCCGAACCUCCAGCGACAGCUGGACCGGGUGCUCGCCAUGCAACAGCAACAUGGCCGCCUGCAUUUUCCCACAUCGUCGCACUUGGUAGCCCGGAUUUUGGUCUUGGCACAGUGGCGCCCCCCGUCGCCGAUCCCGCCGCUUGUUCUUCUUUUGACACGCGACCAGCCCACCGACCCGGCGGGCUCUCGAGCCCUAGCCCACAGCCCUUCUCACCAGGUGACCUCGCGACCAGGCGACGCCGAUGGCACCCAGCUGAUGGAGCAAGAUAUCCAGCGCCUCCACUGGGAGCUACAGGGUGCCGAUGAGCAGACCGGCCUCUCGGUGGAGGCCAUUGGCCGGCUGGCUGGCCUGGCACCCGAAGUGGUGACCGACGUGUUGCUGGGCAGCGCACCGCAGGAGGCUGCCGCUCGCGGUCUCGUCCGCUAGAAGCACGCAUGGGGUCGGGUGGUGCGGCGCCGUGCGCGCGACACGCGCCCCCUCCCGCUGUUGCCCACGUCUGCCGCCCUCUCCCUCCCCCGUCGACCCCCGACCAUGUACUUGAGAAUGAAAUAACUACCCCAAAGGCCAGGAGCCAUUGGUCCCUGGAGGAAGGUGGACAAAGAAUGCCCCCGGCCAGCAUGUGUGCCAAUGAAAGCACAGGCGGCUUUUGGGCAUCGAGAAAUAUGCACAUAUAAACCCCCUCACUAUGAGGA